UCACCGACCACAACAUCGACCGGUGCACUGACUGGUGAGACAUCGACAUCUUCAGCAACCACUACCAGCGCUGACAAAAAGGGAACGAUUGUUAUUAAAGCCAAAAAUCUCGACACUAAUAAUCCUAAAGAUAACCUAAAUAAGGAAAUUCCCAAACAAAUGGAUACAAAUGAGUUUCGUUGUCGCGGAAAACAAAUGGUUGACUAUAUCGCCGACUAUUUAGAGACAAUCUCUCAAAGAAAAGUCACACCAGAUGUGGAACCGGGAUAUCUUAAGAACUUCUUACCUGAUUCUGCUCCUAAAAGAUCAGAAGAUUGGGACAAAAUAAUGGUAGACUUUGAAAACUUUAUUAUGCCGGGAGUCACCCAUUGGCAACAUCCCAGGUUUCACGCAUACUUCCCGGCCGGCAAUUCCUACCCUUCUAUUUUGGCCGAUAUGUUAUCCGAUGCUAUUGGAUGUGUUGGCUUCUCGUGGGCGGCCAGUCCUGUAUGUACAGAGUUGGAGAUCAUAAUGUUGGACUGGAUGGGCAAAAUGAUUGGAUUACCCAAUGACUUCCUCUGUCAUUCAGAUCAUAAAAGCAAAGGUGGAGGAGUUAUUCAGGGAUCAGCGAGUGAUUGUGUUUUGGUGUCACUGUUGGCCGCUCGACAUAAUGCCAUACGUUUGUUGAAACAACAGCAACCAUUCAUCGAGGAAGGGGUGCUUUUGUCCAAAUUAAUAGGAUAUUGUUCUAAGGAAGCUCACUCAUGUGUAGAGAAGGCAGCGAUGAUUGCAUUUGUAAAGCUUAGGAUUCUCGAUACGGACGAGAAUUUUACAUUAAGAGGAAUGCCAUUAGAGAAAGCCAUGCAAGAGGAUCGGGCCAUCGGUUUGGUCCCAUUUUUUGUGUCCGCCACUCUCGGCACUACUUCUUGCUGUUCCUUUGAUGCACUCCAUGAAAUAGGACAGGUCUGCCAACACCAGGGCGUAUGGCUUCACGUGGACGCCGCUUAUGCGGGAAGUGCUUUCAUUUGUCCCGAGUUUCAGUAUCUCAUGUAUGGCAUUGAAUACGCUUCAUCAUUUAAUAUAAAUCCAAAUAAAUGGAUGUUGGUCAAUUUUGAUUGCUCCCUAUUAUGGGUUAAAGAUCGCUUCAAACUCACUGAAGCCCUGGUAGUCGAUCCACUUUAUCUACAGCACAGUUACUCUGAAAAAGCAAUUGAUUAUCGCCACUGGGGUAUACCUCUGAGCCGUAGGUUUCGGAGCCUUAAACUAUGGUUUGUUAUUCGCAAUUAUGGUGUGGAGGGACUACAGAAAUACAUUAGAGAACACGUAAGACUGGCUAAACGUUUUGAACUUCUUUUGCGAAAAGAUGAGAGAUUUGAAGUGAUAAAUGAAGUACAUCUGGGAUUAGUCUGCUUUCGCCUAAAGGGCACUAAUACAAUCAACCAGAAGCUGUUAUCAUCAAUAAACGCCUCAAGAAAGCUCCAUAUGGUUCCGGCCUCUCUUAAUGACAAGUUUGUCAUCCGCUUCUGUGUGUGCGCCCAAAGAGCUACCAAUGAGGACGUGGAUCAUGCUUUUAAAGUCAUCUCCGAUAUGGCAACUGAUUUGUUUGAAAUGAUGGAAAUGGAUACAAAAGUUAGGAAAGCUGUCGAAGAAGAACAAAAAGAGAAUGCAGAAGACGAGGCCGUCGAUGAAGUGUUUAUGUUAGACAGGAAGAGAAAGAUGAGUCUCAGAUAUAAAAGAAGUUUCUUUGUAAGGAUGGUCUCCGACCCUAAACUAUAUAAUCCAAAGAUAGUGCGCGCCCUCUCAUCUUCGGGUAAUCAACGAAGACAUACAUCAGAUCCGGCAGAUUGUGACUCUAAUAACAUUCAAUACAGUACUCCUGUCUAA